UAGGCCUAGAUCUAGAAAAUAAUAUUUGUGGAACAUCAUUAAUUUUCCAACGGAAACUCUGCUAGAAUCUAGAUCUAGCCAUUCUUCGAAUAAUGGAUUAACAAUUAGCUGAGUUCGUAUACCAGGCAGCCAUUUAUUUAAGUUGGUGCUGAAGCUGCUCUGCAGUGCCUUUUUCAAAAUAAAAAGUAACAUCAAAUAAAAAUGGCUGCAACUUCAUCGUCAGCUGGUGCAGAGGCUGACAUCAUUGAAGAAAUUAAGAUUUCUCAGAUCUCUCCACUUCCUUCAACCUCUCAACCAAAAGCUACAAUGAAUGUGUACACACCGCUACUGGGCUCUUCAAGAACAACAAAAUGUCAGCCCCCUUUACUCUCCAACUCCUCGUCCAGUAACACAUUUCGUAUUUCUGAAACUGGCACUGCAAAGCCACUCCCAGCUAGGGCUAAGAAUGGAAAAGCCCCUCUUGAUGUGCGUCCUAGAGGCCAGCGAUCUGCUGUGAGACCGUUCUUCUGCUGUGGCAGUGAGCUGUCUCUUGUCAGUUUGGUUGAUGGGUUAGAGUUGAAAGAUUCACCUACUAGGAAAGUCACAAGCAUUGAGUGUAAUAGUUCAUCCGAGGAAGAUGAAUCAUCUUCUUCUGGUGCAUCUUCAAGAAAAACAUCUGGCACCAGCGGUGUAAAUAAUCUUACUCCAAUAGGCGAGGGCCGUACUCAGAUUGUUCGGAGGAAGAAAAAAGAUAAGCACAAUGCUAAGAAAAAGUUUUGGAGUUUAAGGAUAAGAGGCCGCUGGAACCCCAGAUGGAGGGCGUCACAGCCUCAACGUGUGGCCAGUCAUCGCUGUGAUAUUUCCUACCAUGCUACCGGUUGCCAGGGUACUUAUCAACCAACAGGAUCUCCAGGAUCUGGUAGAAGGUCCCCUCGUGUCAGAACAAUAUCAAACUCCCGCCAGUUCAUUGACUUGACAUUUGUGCAGGAUUUUGACAAGCUUUACCCAACAGAAGACAUUGACACUAUACGAAAACGGGAACGUGCAGAGGAAAUGGCCACAGGGGUGGAGGUAGGAACCGGCGGCCAUAACCACAACCACUUGCACCACAGGGUAAACUGGUUAUUUGAUCGUGAUGAGAUGUUACUGUGGAGAAAUCGAAUGCCGACGGCCAGUCCUGAUUCAGCGGUGUCAUCCCCAGAGGUGUCGUCGCUUGAGGAUUACUCUCUUAUGAUGAACAACGUAGUCCGACAGUGGUCAGGUCCUGUGAGUAAACCUCUGGAGGAUAGGUCUUCAUCUAUGCUGCGCAUUCACACUCAGAUUGAUUUCAUUCACUGCCUGGUGCCACAGUUGAACAACAUUUUAGCUUGUCCUUUCUACUGGGGGGUGAUGGACCGCUACGAGGCAGAGCGGCUGCUGGACAACAAACCAGAAGGGACUUUCCUCUUGCGGGACAGCGCUCAAGAGGACUUUUUAUUCUCUGUCAGUUUCCGGCGGUACAACCGGUCGCUGCAUGCUAGAGUUGAGCAGUGGAACCACAGGUUCAGCUUCGAUGCCCACGACCCGGCCGUGUUCUCUGCCCCGUCCGUCUGCGAGCUGAUGGAGCACUACAAGGACCCGUGCUGUUGUAUGUUUUUCGAGCCCAUGCUGACCCGUCCCCUAGCUAGGAAUUUUCCCUUCUCCCUGCAGCACAUCUGCCGGGCUGUGAUAUGUGAUCGGCUGGUGUACGACCAGAUUCGGUUGCUCCCUCUGCCAAACAGCCUUAAACAGUUCCUUCAAGUCUAUCAUUAUAAACAAAAAGUCAGAGUCAGGGUGUUUGAUGACUCCGAGUCAGCAAGCCCUGGAGCGAACUUUGUUCAUUAGAAUAUGGUUCAUUAUUUUAUUUUUUUCUUGAGGAUGUUCAAGCUUUUGCAUUUAUUUCUCAAAUUUUAUUCUGUAUAUUUUUUUUUACCAACAGGUGGCAAGGUGGUGGACUAAUAAAUGUAACUACCAGUAACCCUUUACAGGCAUCCGUUGAUAAACACGUUUUUUAAUAUUACCUCCAACAUAGUGAUAAAGACUAUAUUUUGGAAUGGAUUAAAUAGAUUUCUAUGAAUCAUAAAGCGUCCAUCCAAGAGUCAAUUUUUUUUUGUGAAUUCUGUUUUUUUUUAACAGAUGAGAAAGAAUCUUUUCGUAAGCAAAAAUUAAGUUUAAAAAAAUUGCUGUUCAAAUGUGAUAGUGGAGUCUCACUUUCUUUAGCACCCAAGUUUGAAACUACCCUUCUCCUGUUAUGGGUGAAAGGUGAAUUCCUUUACAAGACAUGAUAUGGUUCAUCAUUUUGGCACCUUGCUAGUAAAAACUUCAAAAUUGUAGCCUGUUAAUAGUAAUUAUCUUUAUUUAUUGAUGUCUUUUACACACUUAUACUGUGAAUACUAAAUUCUGUGUUUUAUGUUUCUAUUCCUUUGUCAUAUAUAACCUAGACACCAUGCUUAUACAUCAACUAGUCAAGACUGUUUGUAUUAGAAUUGUGACAAUUUUUAUUUUAUUGUCAAAAUACAGAUUGAUGGUAAACAUUUUACAUGAAACUGGGGACAAUGUAAUCUUCAACAUGCUUUUCUGUUUACAGUAUGUGAUUGUUGAUAUUAAAUAUUUCUUUCAUAUUGAAUGCAGGCAUACAUGUGCCACGAUAGAUUUACCUAUUUCUUGUUUAUGUUAUGAUAUUUUUGUUUGAUCCUCUGUCAAGCAAAGCAUUUCAAAUUUGACUUAUGUGAUUUAUGUCUUUCUGCUACUUUUCUUCAGCUUUGUUUUAACUUACAUGAACUGUCUGACUUCUUACUCAUUCAUCUUAUUUACUUUAAUCAUGACUGUUCUGAUUUUUAAAUGUAAAAUUAUUACCCAGCUAACUCAACUUAGCACACACAGUCUAAGUAAUAGGUACACUAACUGCAAUUUUAUUAGUACUUUACAAGCAAAAAGAAAACCCAAAAAUCACUACAUAACUUUUUUCAAAUAAUUGUUUAUUAAAGAGCAAUCUUAGUUUUACCUAUUUAGUUUAAAUAUAUAUAAUGUACUUUUACUGAGUGAAAUUUUUAUAGCUGUCACUUUUUCCAACGCCUGGGUAUUUACAGUUGUCUCUUCUAGUGUAAUUUUUUUUAUAUCCUCUAAAAAAUAAUGUGAUUAUCCAAGUAGUUUAUAAGUAUACAUAAUAAACAGAAACCUGAUUGAUUACUUUAGUUUAAUUUUUUUUUAGAUUACAAAUCAAAAGUAAUGAAUCUUGUAAGAAAUAAAUGUUAUUGUAUAUAAAAGGUGUAUUUAUUUUAAGGCAGUUAUAGUUUAUAAAAUUGAGAUUGUUUCAAUUUUAACUUUUUUCUAUUUAAAAAACUAAACUCAGAGCUGUCUUGUAAGAUACCAUUUAAGUUUAAAAUUGUGCUGCAUUUUGUAUGUUUGAUUAUUUAUCCCUUUCAAUGUAUGUACAUAGCACAUAACAAAGCAAUCACAUGAAACAAAAAGGUAAAUAUCUACCAUUUUUUUUACACUUGCAAAUUUACUUUGCAACCAAUGUAUUUCCACUUAUAAAUUCUAUUUACUCUCUAACAUUUAUCUGUAAAUAAUGUUAAUUUUUUAGGAUGUAUUACACAUACAUAGCUGAUUUAAUUUAGGGUAUAUUGUUAAAUGCUCCUUUGCUUAAAGAACAACUUCAAUGUCCUUUCAUUAUAUUUUCCUUAAUCAUCUCAUCAAAUCACUUGGUAUGAAAAUAUUUCAACUAAUCAUAUUCCGUGUCAAUUCUUAUCGCUACAGUGCCAUUUAAUUGUUUUAAUUGUUUAUUUUAUGUUCUCAAUGCACAGAUCUUGGUUCAGCACCUUAAAAGCUUGUGAAAAUUGUGCACACAAAUUUUACCAGUCAUGCUUAAUAUUUUUCAAACUAAAAUAUAGAACUUUGUAAGGGGUAAGAUCUAAUUUUAUGUCUAGCAAAAGCACAAAUGUGGAAUUUGAGAUCAGGGUUCUAGGAGUAAGGGGUUAAAUGUUUUUAAAAUAGGUGCAAUCUUCAACUUAAAAUGAUACCAUCAAGAGACAUACUAGAGCUUGAAAAGUUUGUGACCUUCUGGAACAUUCAGCUUUGUCUUGUUACUCAAAGGAUGUGUUUAAUUAUAUUUUUUUUUUUACUCUAGCCCCUUGUUAUCAAACUGAAUGUAUUCUAGAAAUUAGAACUUUUUACCCUUCAAAACAAUGGGUUGAUACAUGCCAAUGCACUUAAUUUGUCAUUAAAUGUACCUGCUAAUAAUAAAACCAAAAUAAACCUUU